AUGUCAAAUUCCACAGAAAAAGAUUCUCUGUUUUUCGGUAUAAGCCAAGACAGCCAAGAACUUGUUACUUUUAGUCCAGUUAAUGAUGAACAUGAAUGUUGGUCUAUAGCAAUAUCUAAUUGUGUAGAUGGUGGUGGUGGAAAUGAACGUUUUAUUGCAUUAUCUUGUUUUGAUGUAAGAAAAUUCCGUCAUGAGGAAAUGCGUGAUGAUGCCGAAAUCAAAAUAAAAUGUGAUAAAUAUCUUCAGACAUGGGUCAUCUCUACUACAGAUCAAUUAGAAGGUCAAAGAGGAAUUAAUAAAAUUGUGGAUAUAAAUUUUAUUGAUGAUGAUAGCGAACUUUUAAUAAUACUUGAAGAAAAAGAAUAUCUACAAAUGUUUGCGAUUACGGCUAAUGGAAAUAUUUUUUCAGUUAUAAAUAAUCCAGAUAUGGCUUUAAUUAGAAAUCCUUUAGUGAAUAACAUCAUACAAGUAUGGAAAUGUCGUGAUCGAGCAUUAUUGUACAUCUGGGCUCGAGAAAAAGAGAUUUAUGUUCAAGAACUAAGAAUUGGAGAACGAGAAUUUAUGCUAAGAGUUUCAGUAUCUUCUUCUAUAUCACCUUCCAAACCACCUCUACACCGCCAAAACCAUGUAAAUGUUCUUGAAGAGGCAUGUCGAGCUCUUUAUGUAUUGAAAGAUAAGAAACAUAUUGUAGAUGGUCAUGAAAAUGUUAAUCAAAUUAAAUACUUAAUUGAAUGUACACAAAGAUUAAUACGAAAAUAUAUUACAAAAUAUGGAAUAUUUAGAUUGACAAGUAUUAAAUAUCCAAUUAUGAAAUAUCUCAUUAAAAGUUAUCAAGAAAAUUUAAUUAAGCAUAUUUUAAAUAAGAAAAUUAAUGGAAAAAAUAGUAAUAUUUAUAUACCAAGAUUAUAUAAAUGGGAAGAUAAUAAUAGAUCAAUAAUCGAAAUAUCAAAGUCAGAUUUGCAGUAUGCUAUUGAAUCUUAUACUCCACCAUUAAAUAUUAAUCCCAAUGAUCAAAAGAAAGGAAAUAACGCAAAUGUAAUGCUUUCUUUGACAGUAAAACUGUUCUUGCAUCAAAGCUCCAUAAUGUUCGAUGGUUUUUCCAAAAAAUCUAUUUUAAGGACAAGGAUUGAAGCUUCACAUAAUGAUCUUGCUAUUUCGUUUACUUUGCCAUUUAUGAAUUUAAUUCUCAUAUUAGCAUCUAAGUAUAUUGAAUUGUAUUUAAUUGUUACAGAAAUUGUGCAAUUAAAAAAAGAAGGAUGGCAUCGAUAUAUGAAUAUUUAUAAUAUGUUUGAUCUAGGAACAUUGCUAUUAUUGUUUGCUAUUUCUAUAGCGAUAGCUUUAAAUUAUUAUGGAAACAUCAAUUUCCAAAAUUCGGUAUUCAACCCUGCUGUAGCGUUUACGGAGUUAGUUUUAUGGUUUGAAGGG